AUGACACCUUCAAAGAGGAUCACACUGUGUCUGAUAUUUCCACUUCUUGUAGAGAUGGAUGUGGUAGCUGGUACUGAAUCCUCAUCCAUACUUCAGGACAGUGGUCUCAUAUCAGCCAACGUUGGAGACACAGUGAUUGUGCACUGCUUCUAUAAAGGCCACAUGGACAUGCAUUUCUCCUGGUACAAGCAACCCUUGGGAGAUAAGCUUCAACUCUUCUCAACCGCCUUUAAGUUUGACGGGAACGCAACAUUUUACGAUCAGUUUAAGGAUAACCCUCGAUUCUCAGUGGAAAAUGGCCAAGAAAAGAAUCACCUGAGGAUCUCAGACAUGCAGCUCUCUGAUUCAGGCACAUACUACUGUGGAAGCUCUUAUGGCAACAAGGUGGAGUUUGGAAAAGGAGCCAUUCUCAUAGUAAAAGGAUCAGGGUCCAGAAACAUGACUGUGCUCCAGCAGCCUGUGUCUGAGUCAGUCCAGCCAGGAGACUCUGUGACUCUGAACUGUACAAUACACACUGAGACCUGUGUAGGAGGACACAGUGUCUAUUGGUUCAGACAUGGCUCAGGAGAAUCCAGUCCAGCAAUCAUUUACACCCAUGGAUACAGGAGUGAUCAGUGUGAGAAGAGCCCUGAGGCUGGGUCUCCUACACAGAGCUGUGUCUACAACCUCCCCAAGAGGAACCUCAGCCUCGCUGAUGCUGGGACUUACUACUGUGCUGUGGCCUCAUGUGGGGAGAUACUGUUUGGGAAUGGGGCCAAACUGGACAUUCAAGUUCCUGAGCAUCAUCCUCCAUUUGAUCUGAGUCCUACUGUUCUGUCCUUGGUCGUCUCCAACAUCGUUCUGGGGAUAGUGACCCUUCUACUUGUCUGGGCGCUGUGCAGGACUCAGAACAGAGAUAGCAGAGGGAGGACUGAUGUCCCAACGUCCCAGGGCAAUCAGAAUCAAGACAGUGACGUGUUGAACUAUGCAGCUGUCAGUUUCACCCCCAAGAAGAAGUCCUCCUCUAGAAGAGUGAGAGAGAAGACCAGCAGAGAUGAUGCAGUGUACUCUGAUGUCAGAUACCUUCAGCAACAGUGAAAGAUAUCAUCACUG